GUCCGUGCGUGUGGGUCAUGUGACGCCGUCCUUUUCCGACCUCGCUUGCUGUCUGGCUGGGCGCUCCUUGGGGCUCGUUGCCGCGUGAGGAGAAGCCGUCGCCAUCAUGCCGGUCUACUUUCAGCGGCCCGAGAACGCCCUAAAGAGGGCAAACGAAUUUCUUGAGGUUGGGAAGAAGCAACCUGCUCUCGAUGUUCUCUACGAUGUUAUGAAAAGUAAAAAACACCGAACAUGGCAAAAGAUCCACGAGCCGAUUAUGCUGAAGUACCUGGAGCUUUGUGUGGACCUCCGCAAGAGCCACCUGGCUAAAGAAGGAUUGUAUCAGUACAAGAAUAUCUGCCAACAGGUGAACAUCAAGUCCUUGGAGGAUGUAGUUCGGGCUUACUUAAAAUUAGCAGAAGAAAAAACUGAAUCUGCUAAAGAAGAGUCUCAGCAGAUGGUGCUAGAUAUCGAAGACUUAGAUAAUAUCCAGACUCCAGAGAGUGUUCUCCUAAGUGCUGUGAGUGGGGAAGACACACAAGAUCGUACUGAUCGGUUACUUUUGACUCCCUGGGUUAAAUUUCUAUGGGAAUCCUACAGACAGUGUUUGGACCUUCUCAGAAACAAUUCUAGAGUGGAGCGACUCUAUCAUGAUAUUGCACAACAAGCUUUCAAGUUCUGUUUGCAAUAUACUCGUAAAGCUGAGUUUCGGAAACUAUGUGACAACUUGAGAAUGCAUUUGGGUCAGAUCCAGCGCCAUCACAAUCAAAGUACAGCUAUCAACCUCAAUAAUCCAGAGAGUCAGUCAAUGCACUUGGAGACCAGGCUUGUACAGUUGGACAGUGCUAUCAGCAUGGAACUGUGGCAGGAAGCCUUCAAAGCUGUAGAAGAUAUACAUGGAUUAUUCUCCUUGUCCAAAAAGCCACCAAAGCCCCAGCUGAUGGCAAACUAUUAUCACAAGGUUUCUACUGUUUUCUGGAAAUCAGGAAAUGCACUCUUCCAUGCAUCCACACUUCAUCGUCUUUACCAUCUCUCAAGGGAAAUGCGAAAGAACCUCACACAGGAGGAGAUGCAGAGAAUGUCAACAAGAGUCCUUUUGGCCACUCUGUCAAUUCCAAUAACACCUGAACGAACUGACAUUGCUCGGCUUCUGGAUAUGGAUGGCAUUAUUGUUGAGAAGCAACGGCGAUUGGCAACUUUACUAGGCCUCCAAGCCCCACCUACACGAAUUUCUCUUAUUAAUGAUAUGGUGAGAUUUAAUGUAGUACAGUACGUUGUCCCAGAAGUAAAGGAACUUUAUAACUGGCUUGAAGUAGAUUUUCAUCCGCUGAAGUUAUGUGGCCGUGUAUGCAAGGUGUUAAACUGGGUAAGAGAUCAAUCUGAAAAGGAACCAGAACUUCAAUUAUAUAUCCCUCAUCUGCAAAACAACACCAUACUCAGACUGCUUCAGCAGGUGGCCCAAAUUUAUCAAAGCAUCGAAUUUUCUCGCCUGACUACUCUGGUUCCUUUUGUUGAUGCUUUCCAACUGGAACGUGCAAUAGUAGAUGCGGCCAGACAUUGUGAUUUGCAAGUUCGCAUUGAUCAUACCACUCGAACACUGAGUUUUGGAUCAGAUUUGAACUAUUGCACUCGGGAAGAUGCUCCUCUCGGUCCUCAGCUGCAAAGCAUGCCUUCUGAACAGAUUAGGAACCAGUUGACAGCUAUGUCAUCUGCCCUUGCAAAGGCUCUUGAAGUGAUUAAGCCGCCUCACCUAUUGCUAGAAAAGGAAGAGCAACAUCAGCUGGCUGUUACGACUUAUUUAAAAAAUUCAAGGAAAGAGCAUCAGCGAAUCCUUGCUCGCCGUCAGACUAUUGAGGAAAGAAAGGAACGUCUUGAGAGCUUGAACAUUCAACGUGAGAAAGAAGAGCUAGAGCAGCGUGAAGCAGAGCUCCAAAAGGUCCGCAAAGCAGAAGAGGAGAGAUUGCGUCAGGAGGCAAAAGAGCGGGAAAAAGAGCGCAUUCUGCAGGAACAUGAGCAAAUUAAAAAGAAAACUGUUCGUGAGCGUUUGGAACAGAUCAAGAAAACCGAGCUGGGAGCUAAGGCCUUCAAAGAUAUUGAUAUUGAAGAUCUUGAAGAAUUGGACCCAGACUUCAUUAUGGCAAAGCAGGUUGAACAGCUAGAGAAAGAAAAGAAGGAAUUGCAAGAGCGUCUGAAGAAUCAGGAGAAGAAGAUUGACUAUUUUGAAAGAGCAAAACGCUUAGAAGAAAUUCCACUGAUUAAGAGUGCGUAUGAAGAGCAAAGAAUAAGAGACAUGGAGCUUUGGGAACAGCAGGAAGAAGAAAGGAUCACAACUAUGCAGCUGGAACGUGAGAAAGCCCUUGAGCAUAAGAACAGGAUGUCAAGGAUGUUGGAGGACAGCGAAUUAUUUGUAACUAGGCUCAAAACUGCACGAAGAUCAGUUUAUGAGGAAAAACUUAAACAAUUCCAAGACAGACUAGCAGAGGAAAGGCUUAACCGCUUAGAGGAACGCAAGAGGCAACGCAAAGAAGAAAGACGUAUUGCUUAUUAUCGGGACAAAGAGGAGGAAGAACAAAGAUUGCAAGAGGAGAAGAUGCUUAAAGAACAAGAAGAAAAAGAACGUGUGGAACGUGAAAAACGUGAGCAAGAAAUGCUUGAAUAUCAGGAACGUGUCAAGAAACUAGAAGAGGUAGAGAGGAAGAAACGCCAAAGAGAACUGGAGAUUGAAGAAAGGGAACGUCGCCGAGAAGAAGAGAGGAGGAAUCUUGAUGAUCCACUUUCAAGGAAGGACUCUCGUUGGGGUGAUAGAGACCCUGCUGAAAGCACCUGGAGAAGAAGUGCUGAGCCAGAUUCAGAACGGAGGCGCCCACCAGAAAGAGAGUGGCGUCGUGGAGAAGCACAUGAGGAUGAGAAACCUUUACGAAGAGAUGAUUUGCCUCAGCGUGCCAUUUCAGAAGACAGAGCACAGUCUCCACAUGAAGCACCAGAAGACAAAGUGGUGAAGCAGGAUCUUGAUGAAGACAAAGGUCCUAGGAAAGUUUUGGAUGAUGAUAGAACAAGUUGGCGCUCAACAGGUGACGACAGGGGUCCCAGGCAUGGGCUAGAUGACGACAGGGGCCCCAGGCGUGGGCUGGAUGACGACAGGGGCCCCAGGCGUGGGCUGGAUGACGACAGGGGCCCCAGGCGUGGGCUGGAUGACGACAGGGGCCCCAGGCGUGGGCUGGAUGACGACAGGGGCCUCAGGCGUGGGCUGGAUGACGACAGGGGCCCCAGGCGUGGGCUGGAUGACGACAGGGGCCCCAGGCGUGGGCUGGAUGACGACAGGGGCCCCAGGCGUGGGCUGGAUGACGACAGGGGCCCCAGGCGUGGGCUGGAUGACGACAGGGGCCCCAGGCGUGGGCUGGAUGACGACAGGGGCCCCAGGCGUGGGCUGGAUGACGACAGGGGCCCCAGGCGUGGGCUGGAUGACGACAGGGGCCCCAGGCGUGGGCUGGAUGACGACAGGGGCCCCAGGCGUGGGCUGGAUGACGACAGGGGCCCCAGGCGCGGCUUGGAUGACGACAGGGGCCCCAGGCGCGGCUUGGAUGAUGACAGACCAAGUUGGCGCAACAUGGAUGAUGACAGGGGUACCAGGCGUGGCCUAGAUGAUGACAGGGCCCCCAGGCGUGGCCUGGAUGACGAUAGGCCAAGUUGGAGAGCUGCAGAUGAAGAUAGACCCCAGCGACGCGGGCUGGAUGAUGACAGAAUUUCAAGACGUGAUGAGGACAGAGGACCAUGGCGUAACACAGAUGAGGAUAGAAUUUCAAGACGUGAUGAUGAUCGUGGUGGACCCAGGCGUGCUGGUGAUGAUGAUAGAGGUCCUAGACGUGGAGAUGAUUCUAGGCGUGGAGAUGAUUCCAGACCUGGACCUUGGAGACCAUUUGGUAAACCAGGUGGAUGGAGAGAGCGAGAAAAGGCUCGUGAAGACAGCUGGGGUCCUCCACGAGACUCCAGACCUUCAGAAGAUCAUGAAUGGGAUAGAGAUAAAGAUCGUGAUGAGAAUGAGAAGGACCGUGAAUUUGACAAAGACCGUGAAUUUGAUCGGGAAGAUCGUUUCAGGCGCCCCAGGGAAGAUGCUGUCUGGAGAAGAGGACCAGGUGAGGAAGUCUCCAGCUGGCGAGAUUCAGGUCGUCGUGAUGAAUGGGACAGAGGUGGCCGUGAUUCUAGAGAUGACCGGGGUGGCCGUGAUCUUCGAGAUCGGCGUGGUGAAGACAGGGAAAGGAGAGGGCCUCCUCUCAGAACAGAUUGGGAAGAAGUGAGCUCGUGGAGACGUGGUGAUGACAAAAAGGAGGAGCGAGAAGAACGUGAAACUGUUCGGAGACCACCUGCUGCUGCUGCUCCUGCUCCUGCUCCUUCUGUUUCAAAAGAGCGAGAAAAAGAUAGUGAGAAAGAGAAGGGGGCCUGGAGAACAGAAAAAGAUCGGGAAUCCCUUCGUCGCACUAAAAAUGAAAUUGAUGAAGAUGGUUGGACCACUGUGCGACGUUAAGUUCAAAAGCUAAACGUGGUUUUAUGUUGGUGUUUAGUAUUGAUUGAUAACAGAUUAUAAUAUUGGUGCUUUAACACUCUGAAUUGGAAUUCUUUAACAAAAUUUUCUAGGUAAUGUGAAAGCAUGAAACUCUUAACUUGUGUGUAAACUGAUCAUGCACAGAACUUACAACUAAAAGUCAGAAAUUUAAUACUGGUUAUCUGAAAUUUCAAAUGUUGUAUAUGUCACAGAUCACUUGGUGGUAAGAAAUAAUAAAAAAAUGAACCCUGUAGGUA